CGAAAAGUAAACAAAGACGUCCAACAAUUAUGGCCUGCAAAUACGAUCCGAUCGACGAGCCACGCCUCUUCUCUGGUGAUCGGGACUAUUCUGAGGUUCCAUCUGUUCGAUUUUUUCAUCCUGGCUACGCGGACGCUGGCGGCAUUCCCGAUUUCGAUAUCCUCAUCUCCUUGGAGGCGUUUGACGACGGGGGCACCGGCAUCCACUACGACACGGCACACACGGCAUGCGCUAUCCUCGCUAAUAACCGGUGGGAUGGCUACUUUUCUCAUGAUAGGCAUGGAAGGCUAAAGACCCAACCGCCUGAUGGGAUUCUUCGCAAAGAACAGUACUACUUUUGUCUCCCGUCCUCUGACCCGUCAACCGAUCGAUACCCCGUUAUCCCCCGAUUCAGGGACUGGCGAUUCCCUCAUGGCGAUCUGCCACCCAUAUGGAAGAAACUCAAAGAUCAGUUGAGGGCGAAGGGGCCGGGUGACAAGAGUAAAGGCGCCAAUUGCUUGCUCAGUAAUUGUGGUGAUGCGGUAGAAUCCGCCCAUCUCGUACCUUCUGCACAGUCUCAUUGGUGGACGAUAAACUUGAUGAAACAGUAUGCGAAGACACCCCUUUUCUCGACGAAUGACAUGGACGUCCCGGCAAACGGGCUCCCUCUGCGCUGCGACAUACAUAGGAUGUUCGAUGAGCGGCACUUUACUUUUGUACCAAAGACCGUUGUUCGUCGAUAUCAAGAAAGAGUGGCGUCGCCAUCGCCAGGCGACGCAGGCCAUCGCGACCAGGAUCUUUCCUCACAGGGAGAUUCCAAGCUGCGCCAGGAUAACGACGGACGAUCUCGGGCCGAUUCGCGAUUACCAAUACGAUUGAAUAUUGGUAACGAGAGCCAUAACGCCGAAACUGAACUGAAAGCGGACCCGGUACACGUCGUUGGACACGUUUUCAACUCUACUCCAUCUGGCGAUCUCCCCCGGCUGUGGCACAACCGGCCGUUGUGUUCGCCACCAUCGCCAGCCUCGGUUGAAUACUUAUUUGCUCGAUUCGCCUACACCGUCUUCUCGCCUUCGGUGUUCAAGUACUUUCUGGAUUCGAGCAAGGCCCGACGGCUUCUCGUGUGGGAUCAAGAGAAACUCAAACACGAAAUUGAGGAUGCUGAUCCGGAAAGGUGUCGCUCUAUCUGGAACGCCUCAAGGUCGAGAAGUGAGAGCCCGAAGAAGAGAGCAAGACCCACUGGAAAUGGACAGCAUGAUGAGGAUUGGGAUUUCGCGCCUGGACCCUUCGAGACAGCGUCAGAUGUGGAUAGUGCCUACCAUGACGACUCGCAGCGCUUGGGUGAAGAUGCUUCCGAAACUUCUACUUUGGAUGAGCCGGAGCGCGGUCGAAGAAGGAAACGCGAGUCUGAGGAGUACUCAGGGAUGCAUGAUUUAUAUGGGGUGAAACGGAGUAGAUUAGAUCUGUUAGCAUGAUCGAUGACUUUAUGAUAGAGAUUGAGUGGCUAGAAGAUACUUGACGAAUGAAUGACGAUUGAGCGA